AUUGGAUUGAGGAGCAUGUUUUGAGUGUUGCGGAUUAGUUUGUUUCUCGUGUCGUAAAGGAAAAGUAUGGAAACUAUGGAAAGUGUUGCUCAUUCGGUCAAUAAUGGGAUAUAUUUUACAGAGUCAUCACCUCAUGUUUACAAAUUCAUCACUGAAUGCCCAGAAAAUUUGUCAAACAGCGGAGAUAACAGUUAUAAUUUUACUAGUGACAGUGAAUUAGACUCACAAUUAGGAAAUAAUAGCGUUCAAUUGAUUAAUAUUUCUGAAGUUAAUGAUGAUACAUCGUUUUCUGAUAUUCAUCCACCCGGUAGUAAGCGCAGAUUAUGUGCCAACGUUAAUGGUAUCACUGAUAUGAUUGCCCGACAGCCUUGUUUCACAGACGAACGUAACUCUUGUGAAAAACUUACCAAAGGAAAACAAAAGAUACCUAUUGAAUUUAUUUCUGAUCGUACUAAGAGAUAUUCUACUUUUUCAAAACGUAAAACUGGACUUAUGAAAAAGGCUGUGGAAUUGGCGGAAUUAACCGGUGCAGAAGUAUUAUUACUUGUUGCUUCAGAAACAAAUCAUGUUUAUACGUUUGCAACACAAAGAUUAAAAGGUAUUAUUGAAUUGGAAUGUGGCAAAAAGUUAAUACAGACUUGUCUAAGUUCAUCUGUGAAUCCAAACAAUUCAUCGAUGAAAAGUGAUCAGCCAGAUUUAAACAGUUCGCAAGUUAAUAAAAAUGUAAAUAGUCGGAAAAGUUGCAAGAAGGAAGAUAGUACAGUUAUUGUUAACAGUGAUACAUUUGGUAAAAAGGAAUACGUUAGUGAUUUAAAAAAUGUAUCCAAUAAAAAUAGUAAAGUGAACUCAAUGUUACAAAAUGACGCAGUUCCUAAAUUGUUAAAUCGGAAUCAUGUUGAUGAAUUGGAGCAUCGUAUUGAUAUCAUCCCAAGUACAAUUAUAGAUUCUGGUCAAAAUGGUCAUACUGUGUCGUUAAAUAAUGAAGCGUUUUGUAAUAAUAUUUCUCAGGCAACUAACAUUUCCAACUCAUCUGAAUGUAAAAAAGUGGUAUAUGUUCCAGUUAGUGUAUCUCCAUCACAAAAUGUUCUCUCAUUAACUCCGUUAUCCUCUAGCCUUCUUUUAACUGCACAAAUGGCCACAAAUCGAUUACUUUUAGUUCCACAGCUAAAUUCAGUUCAUUAUGUUACAUCAUCUUCAGGAAAUGUAUUAAAUAGCUCACUAAAUACACCAACUUCAAACUCGUGUAAUCCUUAUUUAAUGGGGUUUUUUAAUGUCAAUACAAACAAUGGUUCGUCAGAAAUACUUACAAAUUGUGUAACAAAAGAAUCAACCAACUUCAUUUCCAAAAGUUCUACUAAUGACAGCGUAACUAAUCAAUUUAUGAAUAAUUCAUGUAAAUAUAACUUAAAACCUCCAGAUUGAAUCAAUGCUUAUUUGACCGAUCCCUCCUCUAUUCCUCGUUCUUCUCUGAAAACAAAAUGCUUUUCUUUAGUUCAUAAUUUAUUUUACUCCCUCGAGUUUGUUUAUCUUUUUCAAAUUAUCUAGAAUAUUAAAUAUUAUUUUGAAAACAACUUAUUUGUUUUCUAAAGUUAUUUAAAAAUUAUGUAACGAAGCUUUUACAACAGUGUACUUACCAGUUAACAUCUUUCCAAUUAUUUGAAAGUACUCAAGUUUAUAGCUUUUAACACUUGGAAGCUUUGAAAAUAGCUUUGGUUGAGAAGUGAUAACAACUAAUACACUUCUGAGAGCACGUGUUUUAUAAGUUUGGAGUGUAUUGAUAGUACCUAUCUCAUUCACUUCUAUAUAAAGGGGGCCAGUUGUGGUUAGAGACUUUGGGUGACAAGGUUCUGAAUAGUUCUCCGUAGCGCAGAUGUAUUCAGUCUUUAUCUGCCUUUACAUAGUAAGUUUCUUGGUUUUCUUAUUCCACGAACCUAUGUUUUCCCAAACAUAUCUUCUACGUCUAAUCUCUUCUAUUAAUACUGUUAUUAUUUAUACAACUCUGGUAUCUUGCUGUCAUGUGUAGUGGCAAACUGGACAUAUGCACAUACGUGGCAGGCCUCACGCUAGAUAUGAGUGGUUUUGAGUCAUCAUGGACUUUGGAAGUAUUCUUACAAUAUUAGUUUUCUGAACCUUUUCGUUACCCUUAAUGUAUAUCCGGCUAACAACUAUAUUCAGCAAUAAGUUUGGUAUGCCUUAAAUUAUACCAGUUAACUAGUAAAGGGUUCUUGUUAUUAUAAUCAAUCUCGAAUAUCCAUACGAACAUCUUCACUUACGACUUUCAAUAUUUGACAAAGUGACUAUCUAACUUACAUUUUCUUAUGUAUUUCACAACUAGAUUGAAUAAUUUUGUGGAUAAGUGGGUUGUUUUAUGAUGCCAACUGAUAAUGACAAUCAACGUGAAAUCAACCUGUGUCAAAGCAUUUAUCGAGUUGUUCUAUAUUAAUUAUCUAUUCCGUAAAAUGCGGAUAUAAUUCAUUCUCUGAGACGCACCCCGGAAUCUUCGUGGUCUUAUGUUAACAAAAACGUCAGGGAAGCUUUCGAUUUCAUUUCCAGGUUUUAAUAUAUUCAUUUAGAGAGGAAGCAUAUAUCUCUAUAUAUUACUUCUUUGUCCAUCAAUUUAUCAUUCACUGAGAUGGUUAGCAUUUUGUGCUAGCAACCAUCAAAAAAGCAAAUCAACAUCAGAAUUCCCAUUAUUAAUCCUAAGGAAUUACUUCCAAGAUGUAUACUGAACGCUCAUCUCGUCUUUAAUAACACACAAUAAACAGGCGGAGUGAAUAGAAAGUUCACGUUCAAACCCUAUCUCAAUAGAUAUUUUACAAAAUCAGGAAAUGAGACCCUUAAGCCAAUUGAUAAGCUUGAUUUUUGCUGCUGCAACAUUCAUCAGAUUUUUACAUAAGAACUUCUAGGGUAAUAUAACAGUGUACACUUGAAAGUUAACUUCAUUUAUGAGGAGGCACUUGACAAAUUUUAUUUUCCCGAAAUUUUUUCCAAACAGAAAAGAAGGUGGAUCUGUCAGUAUAAGUGUAUAUAUAAAAAGUUCACCUAUAUCUCAAUAUAAACGUCUUAACUUCUUAUCCAUUGAUUACAGGAAAAACUUAACCCGAUACUCACAAGGAGCUAGAAAUAUAUUCUCAGGCAACACCACAAACAAGUAACUAAAUUUGGUAAAAUUUAUACUGACUUGUAUACAGUGUACGGG